AUGGCGCUGCUUGCGUUGCCAAACGAGCUCGUCACACAAGUCGCCCAGUUCCUGCCCACGGAAGCCGACUUGAGCAGGUUCAGUCGCACGUGCCGACGGCUUCAGGGGCCCGUCGGGGUCGUCCUGUAUCGUCGCAACCGAGAGUCCAACACGGCCUUGACCUGGGCCGCGAGGAAGAACAUCCCAACAAUCUUCCAGCAUGCAGUCAACGCGGGCACUCGCAUUAGCGAGUCCAAGGCGCCGCUCCUCUUCGAUGCCGCACUCAGAGGUCACGUCCGCGUCCUGAAGACCUUGCUGAGCAUGUGCAAGCUGGAGUCCUUCGUCUGGGACUGCAUGGCGAGCACCCCGCUCAUUGUCGCCAUUCAAAACGGGCACACGGACGUCGUCAGAGUUCUCCUUGAGCACGGCGCGGAUCCGUUGCUGCCGUCGCGUUUCGAUCGCGGUGAAACGCCGCUGCACACCGUCGCGCGGUACCCCCGAGAGGUGGACAUUGCAGCCAUGCUGGUCAAUGCGAGUAGCGACAUCGCUCCUCGCCAAAGGCCUGACGGGACCCCGUUGCAUCUCGCCGCCCGCUCUGGUCAUGUACGCAUGGUGGAGAUGCUCCUGGAUCGCGGCGCGGACUACAUGCAGAUUGAAAACAACAGCACGCCUCUGGGACUGGCCGUGAAAGGCGGACACCUUGUCACCGCGAAGGUCCUGCUGAAGAAGUCGCCCGGUCUAACAGGGCACGUGGUCGCGGGCCUCCCAAUGCUCAACGCCGUGGCUGGUGAGUGCACGGCGGAAAUGGCCUUGCUUCUCCUUCAACACGGCGCCAGCCAGCACGAAGGGGUGGACCAGGGAGAUCUCCCCUUGCACACAGCAGCAUCAAAGGGAAACGCGGCCGUGAUUAGAGUUCUGCUGGACCACGGAGCCCGUGUGGAUGAUCAAUGCGUGGAUGGCAAAACAGCAUUGCUCCACGCAGUCAUGAGCGAACAGGCCAAUGCCGUCAAGAUACUCCUAGAUGCAGGGGCGAAUACUUUGCUCAUGACCACAUCCGGCCACCAGCCACUGCAUCUAGUGUCAGACAGGGACGUGCCCAUGAUAGUGGACGCACUGCUCGAUCACGGUGCUGAUGUGGCUGCACGGGAUGCGGAGGGGGUGUCUCCCGUGGCCAGUGCCAUGAAGAAAGGGCUCUCUCAAGUCGUGAUGAGACUUGUAGAGCGCGGGGCAGACGUCGACGACAAAACGUCCAAGUUGCCACUGCUGUCACUGGCUAUUGACAAUGGCGACCUGGACACUGUUUCCUUCCUCCACGCCCAUGGAGCCGACCUGGCCGCCGUCGACGAGUUUGGCUGCACCGCUUUGCACGUCGCCGCGAAAAAUGGCCACGUCGAUAUUGCCAAGUUUCUCUUGGGGCAUGGAGCCGAUUGCCAAGCGGUAGACUCCUACGGAUGGACACCGCUGCUGUUGGCCGCGGCCAACGGAUGCGACAGUGUAGCCGAGGUGCUCAUACAGAAGGGCGCCGAUUUGGAACAAGCAAACAAGCAACAAUACACGCCGCUCCUCAUAGCGGCAGAAAACGGCAACCUUGAGGUGGUGGAGAUGCUUUUGGCCAGCGGUGCGAGCUUGCAGGCAACCAACUCGACGGGAACGGGGCCUGCUAUGGCUGCCGCCACGUGUGGCCACGUCAGGGUGCUCAAGCGACUGCUCGCAACGGGCAAGGUAGACAUCAACCAGCGAGAUAUUGACAACCGGACAGCGCUUCUCCUCGCCGCAAUGCGAGGAAGAGAGGCCAUCGUCAAUGUUCUCCUCUCCCAAGAACCCCCUCCGGUCUGCGACACAAAAGACAAGUGGGGAGCGACGCCGCUCAUCAUGGCCGCGCGCAACGGGCAAACUUCCAUACUUCGCCGUCUCCUAGAGCUUGAAAACCAGCCACUGCACGAGCAAGACAUGUUUGGUCAUUCAGCUCUCGACUGGGCUGCGCGGAGCGGCAAAGCCGAGGCCUUUGCGCUCCUUGCCUCCGUCGCCGGGGAUGAUGCCCGCCACACGCAGCUCGCCGACCAAGCCGAGGCGAUCCGGUUUUCGCAGACGUCUUGCUACUGUGACGUCUGCGGGCGUUGCACCAUAUCCGCGAUGCGUGACCGGGCGCAGGGGUGUGAGGCUUGCGGGUGGGGCGACAACGUCGUCUUCAUCAUCUGUGCGCCCUGCGCAGACAACGGGGCUAGGUGCCGUGGCGAGGGCCAUACCUGGGAACCGCACGAGUGCGGGUGCGGAGACGGGUCUGACUAUGAAGAAGAGGAGAGCGAUGAUGAGUUUGGUGAGGAGGAUGAGGACGAGAGCGAUGAGGAGUCCUCCGAGGAAGAGGAGGAGAGCGAACAUGAAUCUGGUGCUGAAUCAUCUGCGGAUGAGGCAACAGACGCCUCUUGA